AUGUCGGUUAUUGUGUCUGAGAAACCGCUGGAAAUUAGGCGUCGCUUCUUGGAAGCAGGGCUUGUACCUGUUCCUCUGCAGCAUUCCUCUUGGUCGUUCUGGUUUCCCGACAGGUAUGUGCAGCGGUCGGAGGCCAGCGAUGGUUCGCCAGAAGUUUCCCGUAGAAGUCUUGCAGAGCUGUACCGGCCGGGUAUGCUCGUGAUCGCCGUCGUCAUGGCCCUAGGCGAGAUGAAGGGACAGAAGCUGAGGAUCGAAGCAUCUCUUCGUCCAGCUUUGGUGAAUGCGGGUUUGACCGCAGAGCACCUCCGCAAGAACAUGUGGCUUCCAGCAGCCGUCAGGGGAGACGAAGAGCACGUGAUCAGACUAGAUUUUGGCGUCCAAAAUCUCAUGGGCGUGCUGAAGAAGAAGGACCUCACCAGUGACAAAUUACCACUUGGCUCCAUUGUGAUGGUCGGGGUCAUGUCGGUGUCUUCAUCUGGUACUGUGCGGUGCUCACCUACAAGCACCGGGCCCAUAAGUGAUGAUCCCAUGGAUGUGGCCUUGCUCAAAGCAGGUUCCCUUGUGACUGCCCGAGUUAGAAAGGUCCAGCUAGGGCCUCUAGAAAACUCUGGCAGCGACAAAGGGCUGAUUGUCACGUUCUGCGGGGCAUUGUCGGCUACCAUCCACAGCCAUCAUGCCAGCCCAGUUGGCCAGAUUCAGGACGACUGGAGAAAAAACCAACGUGUUGUUGCGCGAGUUCUUGCGGUGAUUCCGGGCGAGCCGCCCACCAUCCAUUUGACUGUGCUUCCGCAUUUACUGGAUUGGGCGAAAGAGACUUUGUCUGAGCAAGCAGGGGUCGGAGAAUUCUUGAAGGGGGAAGUUCUGGAUUUUCAGACAAAGUAUGGCUGCAGAGUGGUGUGCAAAGGCAAGUUGGGUGAGCUUUUUGGAUUCUGCUCAAUGGCCAGGCUGUCAGAUGCGCAGCAAGAAGUGAAAGCGUCCUCUGUGGCAACGGGGAAUCGAAGCACUUACAGGGUGCUGUCAUACAACUUUUUGGACGGCGUGGUCAUGCUGACACGGAGAUCUUCCGAUCUUCAGGAAGACGUCAUCGUAUCAGUGUCUGAAUUGUCACCUGGUCAACUUGUAUCUGGCACAAUAACCCGAGUUGCUGACCACGGCAUACAUGUGAAGAUCAGCGACUACGUGAUGGGUCAUGUUCACCUGAGACAGUUGACCGACGUCCCACUCGCUGCUGUACCAAAGCGCUUGCAAGUCGGCUCCAAAGUCAAAUGCCGUGUCCUCCACGUGCACUCAGCUCGCCGGCAGCUCUCGCUGACGGCCAAGAAGUCGAUGGUCCGAAGCGAUUUUCAGCUGACACAAAACUCCAUGGCAAGACCUCACAUGCUUCUGAUUGGUUACAUCAGCAGCGUCCACGACUAUGGAGCCAUCGUGAGCUUCUACGGCGGUGCAUUUGGUCUGAUCCCUGCCAAAGACAUGGAGUCCGAAGAAGCUCCCGCACUGGGCAUGGCAGUGCAGUGUCGGGUCUCCUUUGUAGAUGUGAAGCGUGACAGAUUGGGCUUGUCGCUCAAUUUGGAAGAAGGCAUGGCAGCGUCGGAACUUGCCAAGGAUGGGCUGACAUUUCGCGAAGCACUCCAAAGUACCGAGAAACGCAAAAAGCGAGAAGGCCAAGACGAGCCUUCCAGAGUGAACUCCAUGCAGGACUCGGCUCGAAAAAGGGAAAGAAAGGACGUGAAGCUGCCGCAGAUAAAGGACCCCGACAAGGAGCUGCAAGCUGGGUCGCUGCUGAAGAUGCGGAUCCGCGCCAUUCAUGGGUUGCAAGUGUUUUGCACUGCGCCGGUAGGCUUGCGUGGCCAUGUUCAUGCCACUCAGUUGGUGGAUUUGGCUGAUGUGGGAAGUGGAGGAACCCUGCCACUGCAAGAUAUACCCGAAAAGGGAGUCUUGAGGACAAGGUUGCUGAGAAUACACCGGCGAUCAAGGUCAACAAAGGAGAAGAGAAAAUCCCGCAAAGGCCUCUAUCACCUGGAGCUGACAUGCCGGCCAUCCUUAAUGGCACCCAAGGAUGUGGAAGAGUAUGAAGCAGCAGUUGUUCGACGACAGUCCUUAACCCCAGGCUCCCAGGUUGCAGCUGCCAUCUUGGCGGUUCGGAAGAAUGCCUUGCUGGUGGAAGUUGCAGAUGGCUUGAAGGGCCGUAUUGCUCUCUUAGACAGCUCAACGGAUCCCUCAGUCUUGCGAUGUCCGGCGCAACAUUUCAGCCCCGGCCAGGUCUUCCAAGCCCGGGUUCUUCAGGCAAGCACAUCCCACAAAACACUCGACUUGUCCUUGCUGCCCUUGCUGCCCUUGCUCCCAGCCUCACCAGCCCCCCCAGCCCCACCAGUGCUUGCCAGACUGCAGAAGAUCCAUGACCUGGCAAAAAGCGGCAGCGCUGGUAUUGCAGCGGACAUGGAGCUUCCAGACAAAUGUUGGGGCACAGUACACAUUACGGAAGUAUUUGAUGUUUGGGCCCAGCAUCCGACCAGAAGGCUCAGCUUGGGCAGUUUUUACCAAGUGGCCCUACUUUCGAAUGAGAAUGUCGAGCAAGGCCAGCCAGGCCAGCGACUGGAGGUGAGCUUACGUCCAUCUCUCAUCACGGGGCAAAAAGAGGCGGCAGAGGAAAAACGACCUCUUUCAGCUUCAGAGAUUGCGGUCGGGCAAAAGGUGUCGGGCUACGUUGUGAGCUCUGGUCCUCGUGGUGUCUUUGUGGCCUUAAGCCGGUCCCUGACUGGCAGGAUCAAAUUGAAAGCACUUAGUGAUGUGCCCGUCAUGAAGGAGGCAGUGUCCAAGAUGUAUCCACCCGGGAUGCUUCUCCGUGACAUGGGCGUAGAAGAAGUACAUCAAGAGCGAGUGGAGCUAUCGCUGCUGGAUAAGCAACAAGGGCUCAGUCUUGAGGAGCUUUCUGCAGGAGACAUUGUUUCCGGGCGAGUCAAGGCUGUCGAGGCCUAUGGCUUGUUCGUGCGGCUUGAGAACUCCAACAUCGAUGCUUUUGUGCACAAGUCUGAGAUCUCUGAUUCUUCAUCCAUUUCUGUGGAUUCCUACCCCGUCGGCACCAAGAUUGCCCAGGCAAAGAUCUUAAAGAUCGAUGGAAGAAAAGUCGGCUUGACUUUGAAGGCUUCCACGUUUACCCCUCAAGACCUGGAGGAAGACGACUCAGACGACGACAUUGAGGAUCUGCUCGCCUCGGUAAAGAAGAGGAAAGCUGAAGCCACGGAGAGCACUGAGAAGGUCAAGAAGCAAAGAACACCAAGAUCACAAGACAGAACCGCCGAGUCGGAGGAGCCUUCCGAGCCUCUGGAGCCCUGGGCGAAGACUUCAACGCGCAAAGCCGCCGCUUUCGACUUUGCGGAGUUCAAGGUUGAUUCUGGCACUUCGUCUGACGAGGUUGCUGAUGAUGUGGAGGAUCAUGAAGUCCAAAAGCCAUCGAAGAGGCAAAAGAAGGCCAAGAAGAAGCAGGAAGACGCCGAGCUGCGGCAGCAGGAGGACAGAAACGCGGUCGGAAACCGGGACCCGGAGAGCGUGGAGGACUUCGAGCGCCUCCUACUCACCAAAGGCUACAUGGCCUUCCACUUGAAGACGAGCGACCUGGAGAAAGCUCGACAAGUCGCGGAACGAGCUGUGAAGCACGUGGGUUUUGCGGAUGGAAAGGAGCGCCUGAACAUCUGGGUCGCGUACAUGAACCUGGAAUGCACCUUCGGGACAGAUUCCUCUGCAGAUGCUGUGUUCCGCCGGGCCGCCAGCCACAAUGAAGCGAAGCAGGUCUACCUUCAGCUGGCAAGGAUCCACGAGCGCAACAAGAAACCCCAGUUGGCACUCAAAGCAUACGAGGCGUGCUCACAGAAAUUUGGCUAUUCGAAAAAGGUGUGGAUUGCUUUCUUGACUUUCCUCUACCAGCAGCUGACCUGCAGUGGCCUACGCGUCUCGCGAAUGUAUGCCACUGUAUGCAUGCUUUAUCAGAAACAGCUGAGGCAGGGCGAUGCAGAGGGAGCCCGAAAGGUUUUUCCGAAAAGCCUAGCAGCCCUGGAGAAGCGCAAGCAUCCCCUGCUGGUUUCCAAAACUGCUUUGCUCGAGUACCAGACGCUUUGA